AUGAUAAACCCUGUGGCAAGAAGUCUCUUGAUAAAGAGAUUCUAUCAGCCAAAUUUAAAGAGAAUUCCACCAACUUCCUUGCUUUUGAAGCAAAAAAUACGUUCAGCACAAAAUUUGAAUGGUACUUUUAAGGAAAGUCCCAUUUCCUUCUCACAGACGAUGUCUGAGAUAUUUAGUGUCUUACAACCAAGUGCUCCAGACCUAGACGAAGACACCACUGUCGGAUUGAAACGGGAUCACUUACUAAGUGAACGUCUAAGCAAUGGUGAGCUUGAUGUCAUCAUAAACAAAUACUUUAAUCCAUCCUCACCACAUAAUAAUCAGUUAAUAGACGCGGAUAUUUUAGUACAGAAUUUUCCGAAGUUAAGUGGAAAUGAUUUGGCAUUACUGGAUUUUGCUAUAAAUGAAAGAGUCCAAACAAAUUGGAAUGAUUUAAAGCUCGAUUUUGUUCAGUUAUUGUAUUACAAGUCAUUUGGCUUUCUUGGACCUCGAACUCAGUUUAUUCAGACAAGUUCACCCUCCCCGUUGAAGGCGCAAUUUCUACAGCUUCCAUUGACCGAGUAUAAUUGGUUACUUUUACAGAAUAAGAGAGAUCCAAAUUUAUCACCCACUGAUGUACAAAAACUGGUCCAUAUUUUUCAGCUUGAAGGCAAGAAAAUCACUUGGAAAAGUAUAGAUCCGUUUAGUAAGGUGAUAAUAGCAUUCGUUGCUUUUGUUUCCACAUUCGUAUGGUUGGAUGAAAGCGCAAAACGGAACACUAAGGAGCCACCUACACAGAACACUAUCAAAAUAACAACGUAA